CAUUCGACCAAAGAAUAACUUUCGUCAACACCUCAACUCGUCAACUCUUCAACAAUAUCCUACCGCUAUUGAUUUCUACCACGCCACCCUUUCCACACGAUCUUCUCGGACUCACAGCUUGGCGGACACAUCCUUCGUUUCCCCGAACCGCCCCCCCGAUCUUCCCCAAGUUCUCUAUCCCACCCUCUCCCGCACUACACACAAUGCGAUGAUUCCAUGGCCCGCGACGACCCCCGCGCGCUCCGCAAAGCCGAGCACCUCACCCCUUCCUCGCCCGACGAUGAAGAAGCUCGCUCCCUGCUCUCCGCCUCCGACGACGAGGACGGCCCCGUGAUCCACCGCGGCGACACCCCCAGCCCCACCCCCAGCGGCACCGUGAGCCCGCCCACCCUCGAUCAUCACCUGCGCCAAUCCGCCCUCGCCCAGCCGCGACCGUCGGGCACGCCGCGGACGCCGAACCGCGUGCGGUUCGAGUUGCAGAUGCAGGACGCGAUGAAUGGGGAGGCAACAUCGGGGGGGGCGAACGGGCAUGUGGAGGAGGCGUGGAUGGAUGAGGAGGAUUAUUUGAGUAGUAUGGGGGAGGGGAGGAGGAAUAGUCAGGGGCAGCGGCUGCCGUUGCUGACGGACAUCGAGGCGCCGAGCGUGACGGUGGCAACGCAGGUCGAGGGAGAGCCGGAGAACUAUCUGGAGAGUGCACGGCCGAAGAGUGGGAUUCUCAGCGCGUUCACGAACAUGGCGAAUAGUAUAAUUGGUGCUGGGAUCAUUGGACAGCCAUAUGCGUUUCGUCAAGCGGGCAUGUUCACGGGCGUGUUUCUGCUCGUCGCGCUGACCAUCACCGUCGAUUGGACCAUUAAUUUGAUUGUCGUCAACUCGAAAUUAAGCGGUGCGAACUCGUUCCAAGCGACUGUGCAGCAUUGCUUUGGCAGGAAUGGACUCAUCGCAAUAUCAAUUGCGCAAUGGGCAUUCGCCUUUGGCGGCAUGCUUGCUUUCUGUAUCAUUGUCGGGGACACGAUUCCCCAUGUCAUGAUGGCACUCUUUCCUGAUCUCCCCAACAUGACCUUUUUCUGGCUCCUAACGAAUAGGCGGGCCGUCAUUGUAAUUUUCAUCAUGGGGCUGUCUUAUCCCCUUUCUUUGUAUAGAGAUAUUGCAAAGCUUGCGAAAGCGAGCACGCUCGCGCUUAUCAGCAUGUUGGUCAUCAUACUCACGGUAAUAACACAGGGUUUCCGGGUCCCCAGCGAAUCUAAGGGAAAAUUGAGCGGGAAUUUGUUUGUGAAUAGCGGGAUCUUCCAGGCAAUAGGCGUCAUCUCAUUUGCUUUUGUUUGCCAUCACAACAGUCUUUUGAUUUACGGCUCUCUGAAGAAGCCGACGCUCGAUAGAUUUGCGCGGGUUACUCAUUACUCCGCUGGCAUAUCCAUGGUCGCAUGUAUAGUUUUGGGGUUGGUUGGAUUUCUUACUUUUGGCGACAAGACGCAGGCCAAUGUCCUGAACAAUUUCCCUUCCGACAACCUCAUGGUCAAUAUUGCUAGAUUCUGUUUCGGUCUUAAUAUGCUCACGACCCUUCCGCUGGAAACCUUCGUUUGCCGCGAAGUCAUGACCACCUACUAUUUCCCCGACGAACCUUUUAACGCAAGCCGCCACCUCAUCUUCACCACUGCCCUCGUCUUUGCUGCGAUGGCGUUAUCCCUGUUUACCUGCGAUCUCGGAGCGGUUUUCGAGCUGAUCGGGGCGACAAGCGCGUGCGCUCUGGCUUACAUUCUUCCGCCGCUUUGCUAUAUCAAGCUUAGCACCCGCAGCUGGAGGACAGGUGCGGCCGUGAUCUGCGUGGCAUUUGGCAGCUGCGUGCUAGUCAUGAGCAUUGUCCUAGCAUUGGUGGACAUAGCGAAGGGAGGAGGUUCUGCGCAGACAUGCAGUUGAGCAAUAAAAGCCAAGUCUAAAUGUACCAGGUAUUGAUGUGUGAUGCAAUAGAUUGGGACAACGUAUAGACCUAUUCAACCUUUCCAACUAUCUGGAACUGGCCCGGUUCGUGGCCACCCGUGAGCAUUUCAAGAUCAGCUAGGUCCUUUCCAACGUAUUCGUAGACUCGGCUCCAAUCAGAUAUCUCGUGGAGCCUUUGACCGAGAUAGUUCUCGAAUCCUUCGACUACUUCCUUAUGUUGGUUCAAAACUGCCGCCUCCUCAACGAGGCCAUGCC